ACUUUGACUUAUCGGCUUUAGUUUUGAGCAAAUUGGCAGUUAGUUGUUACUCUUGGCUCAGAAAAUAUGGCUUAAUUCGGAAAUAUGACAAAAACCCACGGACUUUUACUUUGACAGGUUUUUAUUAUGAUCUGGUCGAAGUUGUUGUUCACUCCAGAACUUAGGUUGUUUUUAUUUUACAUGAAUACCGGGCAACAAAGCUAGUUAGCCUCCUGCUACUUGUUGUUGUUGUCAUGGAUGCUGAUUUCCUGCUCGCCAUUCAGCUUCAGGAACAGUUCGACACGGAAUACCAGACUUCCCAGAUCCCACCGGACUGUUUUCUGGAUAAUGACUUCGGACAUAGCAGUAAGAAACAGAAAGUUGAGCCACAUGGAGGCGGCAGCGGCGAUGUUACCCGCUGGAAUCCGCCGACCGCUCAGCCCGAGAGGCCGCUUAGCAUCGUAGACGAGUCCUGGGAGACGCUGGACCCCAACCCGGACUUGAGAUCCAUGUUUCUGGAGUUCAACGACAUGUUCUUCUGGGGGAAACUCAACGGAGUGGAGGUCAAGUGGAGCCCCAGAAUGACUCUGUGUGCCGGUGUGUGUUCUUAUGAAGGCCGAGGCGGACUCUGUUCGAUCCGGCUCAGCGAGCCUCUGCUGAAGCUGAGGCCCAGAAAAGAUCUGGUUGAGACUCUCCUCCAUGAAAUGAUUCACGCGCUCCUGUUUGUGACCCAGAACGAUCGAGACAGAGACGGACACGGACCCGAGUUCUGCAAACACAUGAACAGGAUCAACAAAGCCAGUGGGACCAAAAUCACUAUCUACCACAGCUUCCAUGAUGAAGUUGAUGUCUACCGGCAGCACUGGUGGCGAUGCAAUGGGCCCUGCCAGAACCGCAAGCCUUACUUUGGGUAUGUGAAGAGGGCCAUGAACCGGGCCCCGUCCUCUCUGGACCCCUGGUGGGAGGACCACCGGAGGUCAUGCGGUGGAACUUACAUUAAGGUCAAAGAACCUGAAGGAUACGGGAAAAAAAACAAGAAGACCUCAGAGAAGAAGACGGCAGGAAAUGGGAAACUUUCAGAAACAGUCAAAGCUUCUGGAUCUCAGGACAUCAGGAACGUCAUCCCUUUCAGUGGGAGAGGCUUCCUGCUGGGAGGGAAGUCCCAAAUCUCCUCCUCUUCCUCUCCAUCAGUGCCUUCUUCGUCCAGCUCCAUCUCCUCUCCAGUUCGCUUUGGCUUAUCGGAUCAAACCAACUCCAUCUCAAACGCCCGACCCUCUUUCGGAGUAAAACCUCCUGCGAAGAGAUCCGUCGGAAACACCAGAGUUUUCACCAACGUUAACGGCUCACCGGUUAAAGUUCCCAAAUCUCAGGGAGAGAGGAUGAAACAAGCUUCCAUUCAGGAUCUGUUCAACAGCGCCACCAUCAGGAACUCAGGAGAAACCACAGAGACUUCCCCGUCCUCUACAUCCAACUCCAGUUUGCAGCUUUCACCUCUAAAGCCAGCAGCACCUGAAGGCGGCGCUGCAACGCCGGCUCAGUCCAAGUAUUUCAGCGACUCUGGCGUUCAAAAUGGAGGUCAGUCGUCAAGGAAACGGUUGCGGGACGACCGAAGCAGCUCAGCCAGGAUCUUUGAUUUCUUUGAGAAGACAUUGAGCAGCAGCUCAGCAGCAGCGAGGGAGCCAGGAAAGACGCAGACGGCGUCUGCCGCCACCUCAACAUCGCUUCACAGCGGGAGCUCCUCCUCUUCUUCAUCUUCCUCCUCUUCCUCCUCUUCGGUGAUGAUGGUCAGCUGUCCUGUCUGCCAGGCUAAAAUUCAGGAGCAAAAAAUUAACGAGCAUCUUGAUUCCUGCCUUUCUUGAAUGGCUUUUAAAUUAAAAACUCUGUCACAGAUUUUAGGAAUUUAUACUGAAGAGGAUACGGGCCAAAAAAAACAAAAAAAACAAUUUUGACUCUAAUAUUAAAUUGCCAGAAUUCUGUCUUUAUUCUCAGAAUUCUGUCUUUAUUCUCAGAAUUCUGUCUUUAUUCUCAAAAUUCUGAUAUUUUUUCUCUCAGAAUUUAGAUUUUGUUUUCAGAAUUUUCACUUUAAUAUUCUGAAAUCAAGUCAGAACUUUGAGAAAAUAGUCAGAAAUUGGAUUUUAAUCUCUGAAUUAUGACAUCUGUCUCAUGAAUCUGAUUUUAAUCUCACAAUUCAGACAAAUUUUUUUCACAAAAUUUUGACUUUAAUCUCAGAAUUUUUUUCCCAGAAGAUUUUGACUGCAACCUCAGAAUUUUGACUUUAAUGUUCUGAGAUCAAAAUUCUGAGAAAAAAAGUUGCAAUUCUUUUUUUUUUCUUUUUGUCUUGGUGGCCCUAAUCACCUUCCGUAGAUUUCAGUUUCUUGUUGCCUUUCACCUUUGAUACCUUUGGUUGUUUGUUGGUUCUCAUCUUCUCUCCUGUAGAAAUCAGUGAAGCUGAAUGUUUUAUGAUGCUUAUCAGUUCUGCAGAAUCGACUCAGGUCUGAGCUCUUCAGUUUUUCUGCCUUCACAAUUAGCAAAUAAUUGACGUUUUAAAGAUGGCCGCCGUGUGCAGACCACGGAAAGCUCCCCUGAGGAUUGUGGGGAUUUAUCUGCCCUUCACUUCCAAGCUGCGUCAGGAGAAUCAGGUUUCUCUGUCGUCGGCUCUUUAUUUUUGCACGUCUUCCUGUUUCCACUGCAGAGGGAAACGAUCGAUGAUGUUUAUCUCUGAUAUUUCUGCAGGAAAUUAACAGAACAGUUCAAUGCUUCACUUUGUAUUUAUAGUCGUUUCGUUUUUAUGUGUGUUUGAAAGACGGUUCUGAUGUAAAGUAUUCUAAGCUUUCCAUUGCCAAAUAAAUCAUUUUAUUGAUUAAACUAA